GUCUAUUUGACAGUUUGGAGGUUAGUUUUUUGGAACGUGUUUAUUGCACCAUAUUUUCCAAGAAAGUGUUUCAAAAUUAGCUAAAAAUGCCCGUUGCUGAAGAAGUCAAGUCCAGUUGGGCUGACGAGGUCGAACUGGAGGGUGGAUCUCUCCCGCCCCCUACUGAAGUGUACGAAAACGGCUUCAAGAUCGUGACCGAAUACGCGUACAACGAAGAUGAUAAAAAAGUCAAAAUUGUGCGUACCUACAAGAUCGAGAAACGUGUCGUUUCAAAAUCGAUCGCCUUCCGGAAAACUUGGAAGAAAUUCGGUGAGUGCGCCAACGACAAACCUGGACCUAACCCAGCCACCACUAUCGUUGCCGAAGACGUGUAUAUGCAAUAUAUCACGAGCAAAGAAGAGGACAAUAAGCAGGAAGAUGAUGCUUUGGAGAAGCUAAAAGCUUUGGGAGACAAGAACGUUGUCAAGUGCAGGACCUGCAGUGGGGACCAUUGGACCUCCAAAUGUCCGUGGAAGGACACCAUGCUCGCAGGGGGUAAAGUCCCAGACGACAAGAAAGGCCCGGCUGUUCCAUCAAGUUCAGAUGCGAGCAAAGCCGGUGGAUCUAAGUACAUUCCUCCAAGUCUGCGAGACGGCGCCGUCAGGAAGUCAGAUAAUCUCAAUAUGGCACGUAGAGAUGACGCUACAGCGAUUCGAAUUACCAAUCUUAGUGAAUCUACAACUGAAACUGAUUUGGAGGAUCUGGUGAAACCCUUUGGACCCAUCCAGAAAUUGUAUUUGGCGAAAGACAAACAAGCUGGUUAUUGCAAAGGAUUCGCUUAUAUUCAUUUUAAGUUCAAGAACGACGCAGCUAAAGCUAUUUCGAUGCUCAACGGACACGGUUAUGAUCAUCUUAUACUUACGGUUGAUUGGUCCAAGCCGCAUCCUAAUUGAACUGUAUUUUAUAAGUUUUAUUUGUAUUGAAUAAAAAUUUCACUCAA